CACACUCUGUCAGUCAGAAGACCAGUCCAUUUUUCUCCAGUCAGCUCCUGGUGCAUGCUGCUGCUCUGAUGUGGUUCAUGCACAGCUGCAGGAGUGUAAACUUGAAGUCUGUGAUGGAAUAAAAAGCAUGAAGCCCCACAAACUGCUUUCACAGCUGCAGACAGGUGAGUCACAGAUAAUUAAUGUAAUUCAAUAACACAAAUAAUAAGUUAACUUGGCUGCUUUUACACAGCCCCUGUCCUGAAUCCCUUCCCGUCUCCAUGGUGACAACAUCCCAGCAGCUGCAUGUUGCUGUGCAGGAAUGUCACAUAUGGGGCAGUAAUAUAAUAAUCUCUGUUCCUCUGAAUGUUUCCCGCUCCCUCUGCAGCACCGUGGAGCUGAAACCGGAAUCAGAAACAAGAGAAAAACCUCCAGUCUGGUUAUAAAUAACAUCUCCAUCUCACACGCCUCCCGUCACAGUAUUCUGAUGAGUCCAUGCCAAGAACCAGCAGGUUUUUCUGAGACAUUUUCAUCCUUCUGUCGUUUUAUUUCUGUCAGCUUCUUUGUCUAAAAAUAAUUCAUUUCGUGUUCAAAUUCUGCAUGAAAAUGACAAUUUUCUCAUAGAACACAUGAAAUGUUUCCCAAACUAUCUGUGAGUUAAGAACAUAAACGCACAUUAUAUGAAGAUGUUUCCUGAAAAUGAUAAGAUUCCUUUGAGUUUUCCCACCAUCUUUCAUCCUCUGCUGCAUCCCUCCAUCCCUCCCUGCUUGUGUAACCCCCUCUCCGCCUCUCUGUUGCCGCAGUGAAGGAAAUCCCUCUCUCCUCUCGUCUACGUCGCUCUGCCGCCUGUCCUUUUUAGGUAUGGGGGAUACCCGCCGUCACAGCCGGAAGCUGCCCAUGUUUGGGCUGCUACGAUGGGCUCGGUGGGGGGAAUCCCUCGCACCGGUGUAGACCAAUAAGGCCAGGACAGGAGUUACCUUGGAGAUGGAGAGUAUAAAAGGAUCAGUGAGCAGAGAGAGCUCAGCAUCCUCAGCAUCACCGAGCGGAUAAACAGGACGCACCGACAGCUCCGGUAACGGAUUAAAACAAUUUUUGGGGAAUCCCCUACAGAAAAAGAGCAACUUAAAUCACUUUCUGACAACAUCUGCUGAAGCUCAGCAGCGGCUUUCUGCACAGUCACCACCACCUGCAUCGGUACGCAAUGCUUCUGGAGCGCGACGACAGCUUCAUGUCGGAGUUUGAGGACGCUUGCAGCGCCUGGGUGGACAGUGUCGGCUCGAACCCCAGCGAUGGAGCGGACUCUGACGUGGGCUCACCUUUCUGCCAAGUCUUCUCUCCGGGAACUGACGCCUCUGACUCAGAUUUCUUCUCCGACUUCAGCGACUGCUCCUCGGACACGCUGUCCCCCUCCCUCGGCUACACAGGCAGCUUCUUCGCCGAACCAGAGCCGGUACCGGCGGCAGUAGGACUGAGCAGCACCGCGGACGCGAUCCUUAACAUGAUCACUGAGAUCGUGGGCAUCUGCACAGAGAUGGAGCAACAGCAGCAAGGCGACGCCGGCUCAGUCCGCGAAGCCACCCCCUCCUCCGAGACGCCCUCCCCGGCUGCAGUUUCCACCUCCUCUCCCCCUCUUUUUGCUCCCGGUUCUGACAUCAGCAUCCCUCCCCAGGUCGCAGCUCAGCAGCUGCCCCCCGCCUCCGCUUCGCUGCCUGUGGUGGUUAAAAGCGAGUUUGUGAGUUCCAGCUGCAGCAGCGGAUGCUCACAGUCUUCUGUGAACGGGAGUGACGCUCUGUUCCCGGCAAGCAUGGACUCUCUCCUCCCGCUGUCGGCUCUGGAGCAACAGGUGGAUGUGGCUGAUUUCAUCGACUCCCUGCUGUGCAGCGACGCCGGGCAGAGUGAGCUGAAGCCCGUCUGUGAGGUGAAACAGGAGCCGCUGGGGCUGGAGGACUGGCUGAAGAGUUUGGCCGCUCCAGUUGCUGAAGGAGAUUCCGGCAACUACGUCAUCAACCGGCCGGUGAUCAAGACAGAGCUCGUGCAAGGCGGUAGCGACAUCAUCUGCACCCCCUCCUCCCUCCCCUCCACCCUGGACGCGCACCUGCUCUCCUCAAUCCUGCAGGGCGCGUUCCCAAUGGUUAACAUCAACAGUGUGCACGCGGCGGGAGCCCCCAAACAGUCACGCGGAGGCCGUAGAGCGAGCGCGAAGAGCGGCCUGAAGGUGAAGCCGUUCCCGUGCUCCGUGCAAGGCUGCGAGCGCCGCUUCUCGCGCUCCGACGAGCUCAACAGGCACGUGCGCAUCCACACGGGCCAGAAGCCCUUCCAGUGCACCAUCUGCGCGCGCAGCUUCAGCCGCAGCGACCACCUGACCACGCACACGCGCACGCACACCGGAGAGAAGCCCUUCUCCUGCGAUGUGUGCGGAAAGCGGUUCGCGCGCAGCGACGAGAGAAAGAGGCACGGGCGCGUGCACGUCAAGCAGCAGCUGCGCGCGCAGAUGAUGGCCGCAUACUCCCUGGCCCUGAACGCGCCUGGCGUCUAAAGAGUGGCGCGCGCGCUGAGGAAUUUAAAGGUGCUGGAUUUGAACCAAGCAACCGGAGAGCGUCAGAGAGGCGUUUCCAUGUGACGUCACACCGGAAAGGGUCGUUUACAGGUGUGCAGAGGACUUUGAAGUCCAUAAUUUGGCUCCUGUCGGGGCGCAUGCAUGUUCCAGUCCCCUGCAGGAGGAAUAAGGGGACUCUUGGAUGGGGUUUGGGUCUGAACCUGGACCAGGUGGUUCACCUGCUGAACUUCAGCGAGGCUGCUGUGACGUGUUUGGACUUUAAAGGAGCAGUCAGUCUACCCAAAGGAAGGUUUUUACCUGUAAAAUAUUCCUUUUAAGAGUUUUUUGCAUGAGGACGUGAACCGUGAGAAACUCUGUGAAUGUCCCUGUCAGAAAGUGGUGAUUCUGUUCUUGAUAUUUUUAUGUAAACAGCUUUAUAUUUCACAUCACCGAGGAGUUCUAUGUUUGUAAGAUAUCUCUAUUUUUCUAGAUGGCUCGUCUACCUCUUUGUGUCACUGUUUUCCAAUCAGAGUGUAUAUAUUUUAGAAAGAAAGCCAGAUUUCUAUGGCGGAUCAACGUGAAAUGAUGUCACUUUUCUAUGAAAUGAUUGUAAACACUCUGCGGACACUGAAUGAACUUUAUUAUAUAAUUUUCAUUCUGACAUGUGGGUGCAGGUUUAAGCUGCACUAAUGCAUUGUGGGAUAUGUGUCCUGGUGUCUGUAGUGUUGAAAACAAAAACACACCAGCUCAAUGUGAGCUGAACUCUGAGUAGCACACAUGGCUGUGCAGGUUUAUUGUUCCCUCGUUCUGCAUGGAGGCUGCUGUUGCUGUCAAUAAACAACAAACAAACGGACAAAGAGAGAGUAAGACUUUUUCUUCUGAGGCUUCAUCAUCAUCAUCAAAAUAAUUUCCUCCGUUGUCAUCACCAUCAUCACCGCCUGGUUAAAA